CAUUACAUUUAAAUUAACCAGAAUAGCAAAGCUUACCAGAUCAGCGAGCAACAAAGCAAAGCUCUAUUUAGAGAAGGGAAAUAAGAGUCAAGAGGAAGGCAAGAUCGUCAAAUUCACAUAUAAAACCAUGCCUUGCCUCUACAUCUCUACUAACCUCAACCUCGCCGGCGUCGAUGUUGAUCCCAUCUUCUCCGAAACCACUAAAGCCGUCGCUACCAUCAUCGGCAGACCUGAACAUCUUGUGAUGGUGAUACUAAAGGGAGAGGUAGCUAUAUCCUUCAAUGGAAACAAAGAACCAGCUGCAUAUGCAGAGAUAGUGUCAAUGGGAGGGAUAACCAGACAAGUCAAAAGAAAUCUUAUUGCAACAUUAGGCUUAAUUCUUGAGAACAAGUUAUCUAUCCCAAGAUCUCGUUUUUUCCUUAAAGUUUUUGACACCACAGCCGCCUCUAAAUUAUAAUAAUAUUCAUUAAUAUUGUCUUCUUCUUCUUUUAAUUAAUUAUAUAUGUUCUGUAUUGUUCUUAGUUUAAUAAGAGUCAUUAGUUUAUUAUGUGUGGAUUAA